AUGAGCUCGCCAAUGUAUUCUUACUUGCCGUUGGAAGUCCACGGUCUUGAUCAAAACCCCAAAAGGCGGCACAAAAGCACUAGUGAAGAAGGAUCGGGUUGCAGCACGAAUACACCAUUGGCCUCGGUGGGGCAUAUGGUUUCCGAUCGUAUUGGUUUAGUGUCCCAUAAUAAAAUGCAAGCGCUUUUAGCAGAACACGCCAACCAAAAGCUUCCUUAUUGCGAUGAAGUUUUCCCAUGGCUACACGGAUAUUCGGGUUCACGAGAACCACCACGAGGCUUAAAAUGGACAGCGGUGAUCCGUUCUCAACCACUCUCUCAUGGCAUGAUUGAAAAUUCUGGUCUUUUGAAAUCGUCAUUAGAUCCACACGAGUUCUUAAUACCGUGGGAUCAUCGAAAACAUUGUAUCGAAUCAAUAAUCCAGGACAUGAUGAAAAGUGUUUCGUUGACCUCGGAAGAACAUAGAUUAGUAUUGCGCGCUUGCAAGUACUACAAGCUCUUGCCUUUCUUAGUGACGGAUGCAGGUGCUCAGAAGCUUUACGGUGCAGGCGCCGCAAAACACCGAGUAUGCAGUUCGUCAACAUCCUCUGACCCCCCGUCGUCAGCCGGAUGGCGACAACCGGGGAUGUUCCGCAGGUUUGAUUUACAGGUUGCAAAAUUCAUUGAAUUAAGCCAAAUGUGCGUGAUUUACUGCUUGAGCGAGUCCAGGCACUGGGAACACUGUCAUUGCCAAGACCUCGCUCUGCUGUUAUAUGUGGCUCGCAGAAAUGUGGACUUAGUGGGGACUUUCAAAAUCAAUAUUCUCGAUACUUUAGAGAUUGAUCCUGAGUGGUGGGGAACGCCACCUAUGAAUGUUUCAAGCUUAAAGAAGGAAAAAUCAUCUCAGCUGGCCUCAGAGUUUGAUGUCGCGUCGUUCAGCAAUUGGGAUCGAGAUUUGUUUUAUCGCGAGCGAUUAGAAAUAUCAAAAAUGUCUGGUGCCACUUGUGUUAGCAGUGAGACUGCUACUUGGUGUGGUAAUAGUACAGAUUUUGAGAUAUACAGGCUAAAAAAGCGCUCCUCAUCUUGGGAUCCACCAUCAAGCUAUAGCAGUGACCAAGAGUUGCAUCAAGACCUCAGCACAAUUGUACUUUUACCACCUUUAAUUGCAAAUGACGCUACCAAUGCCCCCAUAGACAAUAAACUUUUCAAUUUUCCUCGUCCCUCAAGGGAAUGGAAACUGUUCAUACAUUGUUCGGAAUCUAGCUCCCUUCCAGAACUUCCAAAGAUUACCGAAUGCUUAGACAUCAUUCAAACAGAGGGUACGAUACCUCAUACCACUAUAUCUUUUCCAAACUCAGGAUCCAUUGGGUUGGGAAACCUCAACUUGGAAUCAAUCAAAGUCAUUUUGAACAUUUGCUACCUCAUAUACCGCACUGGCAAAUUCACAGAGUUCGGAACGCUGAUAUACUGUUCAGAUGGCUAUACUGAGGUUUCCUUUCUACUAGUUGCAUACUUGAUCUAUGUGUGGGAUGCACCGUUGGAUCAAGUCCUAUUCAAGCUCCACAAAGAAUCACAGAGACCUUUUUUCCUCUUCCCAAUUGAUUUGCAGGUUUUAGGUCACCUUCAAAUUCUUUUGAGGGAAGAAAGUCCCAAGAGAAAAAGCAUAACUGCACCCUUUCUUGAUGUUGAUCCAGAUCUCUUUAGCAAGAUGUUUUUCACCAAAUUUCAUGACGAAUAUCAUCUGUCGCAGCUCAAAGGACCUCUACCUUCGAAGGUUUUGCCGCAUUUGUAUCUAGGAGCUUUGGAACACGCUCAGACUCCCAAAUUGCUGUGUGAAUUGAAUAUCAAAAAUAUUGUCUCAGUCGGAGAGACCAUGCCUUGGUUGCUCGCGGCCAUAAAAAGAAGAAGGAGUUUCACCGCAAGCGAAGUCGAUCAUCGGCGUGGGCUAGGUAGGCCUGUAUUGAAUACAACGGCAUCUUCUUCGCACGUAGUAGGGGGAACGGAAAGAAACCGACGAGCGAGGGGCAAUGCAUCUUCCAUUAUAGAAGAAAAUGGAUUCAGGGUUUUACACAUAGCUGAUUUGGAUGAUAAUGGCGAAGAUCCUUUGCUCUCACAACUGGAUGUUGCACUAAAGUUCAUUGAUGAGUGUCGCCAACGCGAUGAGAAAGUCUUGGUGCAUUGUAUGGUUGGUGUAUCCCGAUCAGCUACAGUUUGCAUUGCAGAAUGCAUGCGUCACUUGAAUUGCGACCUUAUUAGGGCCUAUUUGUACGUACGCGUGCGCCGUUUGAACAUUAUUAUUCAGCCUAACCUAAUGUUUGUUUAUGAACUCUGCAAAUGGCAGGAAUCACAGGGUAUACCAUUAGCAGUUGAUUGGCACAUAAUAUGUCGUUCCAUCUCGGAACUAAAUCGUAUGUACUUUUAG